CUCACCUCACAAAUAACCUCUCGUCUCAAUUCUCCUCCUGUGGAUUGUCGUUGUUUGUUGUUUUCUAAAGCUUUUCAUAGCCAACACUCUCAGCAUGGUAAACUUGGAUCUCCCCUGGGAACCUCUGUAUACCCAAAGUGGUGGUGAGACCAAUGUCCCCGCUGAUUCCCCAUUCUAUUAUUGGGGUCUAGCAGGUGCGAUUGUGUUUACCCUUGUGGUCCACACGUUCGAGGCCUAUCUCGACGCAAGACAGAGAAGUGCCUACAAAGAGACCGAAUUUCCUCCAGAGCUGGAGACCACGGUGAAGCAAAUCGAUGAUGAUCGUGACAAGGAAGUUACCACGAAAAAGCCCUCGGAAAAGACUGAAGAAUCCGAGGAUUCCACGGCCACCACGGAUGCCAACAAGGACGCUGCUACCAAAUCGGGCGCUCCGGAUUUGCAGAAACCUCUUUUGCCCCAGUUGAAGGAAAAAUUUAAGAGCGCACAAACCUAUGGGUUGGACAAAAUCAAUUUUGGCAUGAUUGCGGCGUCGUACGAUGUGGUUGAAUCGGUCCUCUUUUUGGCACUUGGAUUUCUUCCCUUCAUCUGGGACUACUCGGUCGAUUUUGGACACCAUUUCUUUGGUUGGACCGAAACUGACAAUGAAAUCAAAAUGUCCCUCAUAUUCCUCUGUCUGACAACAAUCAUUGGCACAAUCACUUCGCUUCCUUUCGAACUGUACUCCACAUUUGAAAUCGAACGAAAGCACGGAUUCAACAAACAAACACUGGGACUAUUCUUUACCGACAAAAUCAAAUCGUUGGUUCUCACAUUUGUCAUCGGUGGACCAUUCUUGGCCUUGCUCUUGCAUAUUAUCAAAAUUGGAGGGGAGUACUUCUACCUUUACGUGUGGUUCUUCAUGUUCUGCUUUUCGGUGUUCAUGAUGAGUAUUGUACCCGUCUUCAUCAUGCCGCUCUUCAACAAAUACGAACCACUUCCCGAUGGAGAACUCAAAAAACGAAUCUUUGAGUUGGCUGCUUCUCUCAAGUAUCCAUUGACCAAGCUAUUUGUCAUGGACGGAUCCAAACGGUCAUCCCACAGCAAUGCUUUCAUGUAUGGGUUGGGAAGCAACAAGCGCAUCGUGCUCUUCGAUACACUGAUGACUCAGGUCCACGAUGAUGAAAUCCUUGCCAUUCUGGGACACGAACUGGGACACUGGAAGCUUGGACACACACUCUCAAACUUUGUUGUGACACAAAUCUAUUUUGGUGCUGCUUUCUACUUCUUUUCUUUGUGCUACACCUCACGGAAUCUAUAUGCUGCAUUUGGAUUUGACGAUCCAGACAGAGCUGUACCAACCAUCAUCGCAUUGCUUUUGUUCUUUCAGACUCUCUGGGCCCCUGUUGACAAAGUUUUGUCAUUUGUCCUGACAAUAUUCUCACGCAUGAAUGAGUUUGCUGCAGAUCGUUUCUCAGCUGAUCUUGGGAUGAGUAAGAACCUCAUUUCAGGCUUGACUAAGAUUCAUCUCGAAAACCUGGGGGCCAUGCGACCUGAUGGAUGGUACUCCACAUACCAUUACUCGCAUCCACCACUCGUGGAGCGGCUCUCGGCAAUGAUGGCAAUGGAUAAGAAGUCCAACUAACACAACUAGCUAGCUGGGCAGUAGCAUGGCAGGCCAUUGAAUGUAGAUGGUGCACCUGGUGGUCCGCCUAUCCCAUCACUAAUUCAUAUUGUAGGUCUCUGCCCACUUGCAUUUUAAUUGUCUAUCAGCCAGCCUCUCAGCUAUAAGGAGGCUGUACCCACAAGCCAUUUGCAGGGGUGUAGAGGGAAAAACUAAAUCUAGAACAGUUGCAGGGCUGCUCACACCCAGAUAGAGUUUUGUCACAUCCCCGGUAAUAUUCUCAUUGGUGAGUUAGCUGGCUGCAGAUCAGUUCUCUGCUGAUACUAGUACAGCAUCGAGUAGAAACCCAGCUUCAGGCAUGGCAACAUUCAUCUGGAAGUCUUGGAGGGUAUAAGACCCAACAGUUGACUCUUGAGCAAUCUGUUGUGAGGUGACAUCAUCUGAACACUA